CAACUCGAACAGUCAUAUCUAAAAUGGCGCUGUUAUGAGAAGAACGAAAACGAAGAACCAAAUUUUAUAAAAUAACAACGAAAUUACUAAAGAAAUUCAAUAAAACUUUACAUAAUACAAUAGUGUAAAUAGUGCUGAACAUGAAGCGGGUAAAAUUUUCUCACAGAAACAUGAAUUAAUGUGCAAAUUUUUCAUAGAAAAGUAACAACAAUUAGAAGUGUUCAGCGUGUGUGAUUGAUGAUAGAAGACAAUUUACCAAGAACGCGAUACACAUACAUACACAAACCUUCCUAUAGAGUAUAUUUGUAAAUGUGUGCGAACGAUGAAAAGAACCCCAAAAUAACAAAAAGAAAAAAAUAGAGGUGGACAAUUACGCGAAGACAAGAGAAAACGUCAAAAAAGUUGAUAGGAGAAGAAAAAAAAUAGCAAUCGAAGACGGCGCACAGGUUAUUCUUGUGAAGGGAAAAACUAGAAUAAUUUCGCGGAUUUGGAUGUGGAGCUAUAUUUUGUAGACAACAAAAUAGUGGAAAAUUAUUGGAUAGAAGUAGCUAAGCUAACGUUUAGUGCAGCAGCCAACAGCAGCAGCGGUUGGGCAAAGCACGAGUGUGUGUGUGUGAGUGAGUCACCAUGGACCCCAAUUCGAGUCCCUGGCCAUAUGCUUAUAACCGAAUAGUGCCGGCGGGAGGUAGCAGUGGUUCUGCCGAUGAUUUUCAACAUCCACAUUUGGCCUCGAGUGCCCAGUCACUGCUCUUGCAGGCCCAUACAAAUAUUGCCGCUAAUAUUGCGGCUGGUGGCGGCAGUUUUGUAUCACCCUCACCCAUCAGCGGCUAUAAUCCAGUUUUCCAACAAAUCUAUCAUCAUGCUGCCGCCGCCAGUGCUGUACAACCGAAACCUGCCCACUACGCCUCGUCGGCUGUUAAUACAGCACAUCGACAAUUGCAAAUACCCGCCACAUUGGAUAAACAAUUAACCUCAUUCCAAAAUCAAGCUGCCAUAGCGGCCGUGUCCUCCGCUGCAGCGGCUGUUGUGAACAAUGCAGCGGCGGCGACAAAUUACUAUGGUGAAAACUCAUCGUCGAGUGGUGCCUCGCCAUCGCCCACAACCUCAACAAUAACACCGACAACGUUAAGUUGGAAUUCGCCAUCAAUGAUAUCGAAUACAUUUUUGGCAAUGCAACAGCAGCAGCAGCAACAACAACAGCAGCAGCAACAACAGCAGCAACAACAACAGCAGCAGCAACAAGCUCAACAGCAGGCGCAACAGCAAGCCCAACAGCAGGCGCAGCAGCAACAACAGCAGGCUCAACAGCAGGCGCAGCAGCAACAACACCAGCAACAAUUGAAUUUAGCUGCGGAAAAGGUGCAAAUCAAACAAGAAAAUACCACCCAGUGUACUAAGGCUCAAGUAAAAGUCUACAAUGAUUUGUUAUACCUCACACAAUUACAACAGCAGCAGCAGCAGCAGCAGGAAGAAGAGAUCUACAUCGAUGAAAUUGAUGGCAAACAGUAUAAAAUUGUAAGAAAAUCUCAACAACCGCAACAACAACAACAACAACAGCAUGUGUUACAAAUCGAACAACAUCCUAGUCCAGCAUCAUCGACCACCACCCAACACUAUCCUGUCUAUGCCAGUCCAGCUUUAAGCUCCACCGGCAACUCCUCGCCAGCACUGCACAAUGUGGCCGCCACCACGCCACCGCAAGUAAUUGUUUAUAAAACACCUACAGCGGCUGGUGCGGCGGCGGAAACGUCCAUAAGGGGGCGGGGAAGGGGACAUGUUGCAAACGCUGGUUCGCCUGCAACAGUGGCCAACGCCGCCGCCGCCGCCGCCGCCAACAAUAGCAAUAAUGCCGUUGCCUAUUCAUCUGUGAUACAAAGUACUUUGCAGCAGCAUAAUCAAGCGAUGCAACAACAACAACAGCAACAGCACAAUCAACAACAAAUACACCUGUGGAAAAUCGAGGAAGAUGAUGCUGCCGCCGGUGGUGGUGGUCAAGAAGAUGUGAAAAAUGUCAUACAAUUACAGGUUAAACAGGAACACCAUAGCCUAGACUAUCCGGGCAAUGUUGUAUUGAGUGAAAAUUUAAUUUUCAAUUUGCCACCCGGUUUGGAAAUCAAACAGACCAUGGUGAAUAGCAAUGCUCAUCAUCAUCAGCAGCAGCAGCAACAACAACCUGUUGCCAUUGCUGUGGGCAACUCGGUGUUACAACAUACCCAACAGCAGCAGCAGCAGCAAGAACAUGCCCAGCAGCAGCAACAUUUACUGCUACAACAGCAGCAACAACAUUUGUACAAUGAACAUAACCGCCAACCAGCCGCCGAAAAACGACGCCAGCACAUGAUUGCCAACAUGCUAAUGUCACCGUCCAAUGCCGUCGCCGCCGUCACCGCCGCCACCCAAAACACAGCGUCGCCAAAUAACCACCACCAUACCCAACACAAUAGCUCUACUACGCCUUCUUCGUCUUCCCAUCAGGCAACGUCGUCGUCUACGUCGUCAUUGUCUACUUCAGGCACAACAACGUCACAGAUUCAAAUAAAUUCUAAGGCCGAGGAGAAACACCAACAACAAAUGGUGGCCAAGACCACCAAAACGCCACGCAAGAGACAGCCGAAAAAGACGCUUAUCACCAACGAUUAUGAGGCUGAACCAAGUCCCCAACAACAGGAUGCAACGGCAGCCAGCCAUCAUCAGCAACAACAACAACAUGUUCAGCAACAGCAACAACAACAACCCACAUAUUAUGAUUUUAACAAUAAAUGGAAUACAACAGCUUUGAAACAGGAGAACAAUACAACAACGCCGGCUGUUCAGGUGCCAGCCAUAAAUAUUCCCACAUAUGUGAAUCCUCAUACCCAACAGCAUGCCCAGCAGCAGGCUCAGCAGCAGCAGCAACAGCAAGCCCAACAGCAGCAGCAACAGCAAGCCCAGCAGCAGGCAGCCGCAGUGGCUCACCAGCAGCAGCAGCAGCAACAACAAGUGCCACAACCUGCUCAUCUGCAAUCAUCACAAGCCCAAUCACACCUAACCAACCUAUCGCCGUACUAUCCCAAUUUCACACAACAAAUUGCCUCACAAUAUUCUGCCUGUAUGCAACAGACGGCAGCUGCUGCCGGAGCAAUACAGCACACCCUGUACAAUCUCAAUCAGCAUCAGCAGCAAAUUCAACAACAACAGCAGCAACAGGCGGCAACUCAGCAGCAGCAGCAACAACAAUCCCAGCAGCAGCAACAGGCCCAGGCUCCAGCAGUAGCUAACGCCGCCGUGGCAAGUGCCACACCCACAAAUGCUGUGGUGGCCACCCCAGCAGCAGCGGCAGCCAGCCAACAACAGCAGGAGGAGCAACAACAGCAACAGGCCGCCCAAGAGGCAGCCAGCAACAAAGUGAUUGUACCCAAUAUCGAAGAGGAAUUGGAUUUCCUUGCCGAUUCCACGCCCAAACAGGGCUAUGCCAGUGCCAGUGAUACGUCACGCAACUCCUCGAGCAAACCAACCAACAUCGGCAUCUACAAUCCCAACACAAACAGCAACGAUUCCACAGGCAAGCUCUCCACGAAAUCCAAUGCCAGUGCCUCGAAUGCAUCAGGUUCCUCUCAUCUCUUGAUGGGCAAUAGCAGUGCAGCGGCCAACUCAACGUCGUAUGUGCCUCCCGAAAAGAAGCCGGUGGUGGGCACCUCAAUUGGCGAAAAGAAAACCCAGUUUAUGGACAGCUAUUUGAAGUUCUUGCAAGGUGAUCGGGAGGAGGAUACAGCGGCCACGGCCAAGGGUGGUCGGAAAAACAAUUAUGCCAAGGCAAAUAAUGGUGGCGGUGGAACCGUGGGUGGUGGUGGCGGAAGUGGUGGCGGUGGCGGCGGCGGCGGUGGUGGUAAACGUGGCAAACAAGCCCAGCAACAAGCUCAAGCUCAGCAGCAGGCCCAAACGCAACAACAACAACAAAACAUGAAUCCCUCAAACGAUGAAGCCCUGGCCGCAGCUCACGGCUUGGAUCCUCAUGGUGCUCCUAACCCCCAACAACAGCAACAACACGGGCAAAUGUUGACCGGUGAUGAUGCCCAUCAAAUCAAGAUACUAUCUCAGACACAAAUUUUACCCAAAAAGCGACCACAUGCACAAAUGCAGGCUGCUGCUGCGGCAGCGGCUGCCCAGCAGCAACAACAACAACAGCAGCAGCAGGCGGCAACAGCCAACAAUUCGAAUUCCCAUACAGGUACAUCGGUAAUACAACAACAUCCCCAACACUCAGAACAUCAGCAGCAACAACAACAUGAGCAAUCAUUCCGUCCCUAUGGACAACAUCAGCCACAACAUCAACCCCAACAUCAUCAGCAGCAGCAGCAACAGCAAUACUGUGCACAAAUGGCCUAUGGCUCAACGGCAGCCGCAGCCGGAGCAGCAACCUCAACCGCCACAACAACUGGAGGCGGCGGCGGCACCGGCACCAGUCAAGAUCCCUUGAACCUCCCACCAAGACGUGAACAAUGUUUGCGCAAGGCUAAGACCAACAGUAUAGCCAUAUUAGGUACCACCGCUGCAGCAACUGGACCCACAGAUGAUGUCAUGGCUGAGCCGGAUGAAUUUGCCGAUUCGGAUACCGAUCCCGUGUGGACGCCACAGGAAGAAGAUAGUGAAGAUGGCAAGGGAUUUAAGAGAAAAAUGGCCAGACGCACCAAAAGUUCGCCGCGUAAACAUUUCAAUCAGCAGCAGAUGCAGCAGGUUGUGCAGCAACAACAGCAACAGCAGCAGCAACCUCAACAACAAUUACAGCAACAAUCACCGGUCCAACAGCAGCAACAGCAACCACCUCAAAAUCCAGUUGUCUCCAAUGAUGGCUAUACCCUUAACCAUGAUAUGGCCAAUACCUCGGCAAAUUAUACAAAUUCAUCUGGCGCUGGCGCCGGAUCGGAUAAUUUUAAAACCGGUGAUUUUAUAGUUUUACGUACAGAUUUGGUCAAUGACUGGCCCACCAUAUGGCAGGUGGACUCCAAGUGUAUUUUACAAAAAUAUGAAGCCUUCUAUCAAAAUGGUAAAACAUUUUAUCGCAAUAUGUCCAAGUAUGCCUCCUGGAAUCUGGAUACCAAGAAAUUGUAUUUAAAAGCUCCCGUACGCAUUCAAGUCCAAUCUCACACAGAAACAAUUGUGGAAUUCCUACGCUCCGAACUAAUAGCCGAUGAUACGGAACAAUUUAUUGAGAAAAUCAUGGAGGAUUAUCUGUCGUAUCGAGAUCACUUUGAGAUCUAUAUACAGACAAUGAUAUCACAAGUAUUGGAUCCAAGUUUCUUUUCGGAAAUUACCAGGGAAAAGGAUGAAUACUUUUUGGGCAGUGUCCGAGCCUUGGAUACAAUAUUGGAUAAUUGUAAACGUAAACUAUUAUCCAUAACACCAUGGACGCGCAGUGUUAUUACCUCCAUUGAAACCUGGCCCAAGUGUCAUGUCUUCUCGGAAUGGGGUCAAAAUAAUUUGACACAGAAAAAUUGUGCAGGCUGUCAUCAGCCAGGGAUUUCGGUGCGUUUUCUGCUGUUUGGUCAACCCUACAAUUCGAAUACAAUGCAAACAAUACCCACAGAUGCCCGUAUGACUUAUGAAAAGGACAUUCUUCUGUGUCGCAUUUGUGCCGCCCGUGCAGAUAUCUUCCACAAGAUUGCCCACGAGAAAUAUAAUCUGUAUGUGAACUGUUCUCGUCGCGUAUCCGAGCUGCAGGCAGAAAAUCCCAACAAAUCAUCAACGGAAAUCUUAAAUGAUCUUCUCGCUGAACACAAUUGGAUAGAUGAGCUCUUCCGUAACAUGAGAAAUUCGUGGGCCGAAGUCGAAAGCCUCGAAAGACAAAAACGCUUUAGAGAAGUCUCGCAGUGAAUCAAUCAAAUCCAGCAGCAACUAAAACUAAAGAGACUUCUCUUUUUUUUUGGCUAAGAUAGACACAUACAAACAUACUCACAAUGGUCGUGUGUGGAUUAUGCUACAUAUUCCUUCUAUUUGCAAUACAGAUUUAAAAAACAAAAUUGAAAAACAAACAAAAAAAACUAUUCAUUGAUAAGUUUUAUUAAAAAAAAAAUAUAAGAAAGAAAUUGAAACAAAAAAAAAGGAUAACUAUUAAACUAAUCUAAAAGCAAAUUAGUUUUGCUUAUAAAUAUAUAUAUAAUAAAAGAAUAUAUAUAUAUAUAAAUAUAUACAUAAAAUAUAUAUAUGAAUAUAUGUUAAAAAAUAAUAAUAAUAAUAAAGUAUACAUAUAUAAUAAUAAUACUAAUUAUAAUAUUAAUACAAAAUAAUAAUAAUACUAUUAUUAUUAAUAAUAAAUAAUAACAAUUAGAAACCCACACUUAAUUUACUAAAAACCAAUAAAUCAUAAUUUUAGCAUACAAAAAUUUAAAAUUUUUGUUUUAUCUAUCACACGUUAUUAUUAUUAUUAAAUAAAUAAAAAUGAAACCCAUUUUAUUAUUAUUUAGAAAGAAAAACAAAGGAAUAAUACCCACACUUUUUUGUAACAUGAUUUAGUAAUAUCUUAAAAUUAAAUAAUACUACAUUUUUAAUUAGUUUAUAAAAAAAAUCAAAAGAAAAAAAACAUAACAUACACCCCUGAGAGCAUAAUCAUUCAUGGAAAAGAAAUUUUGAAAAUAAUGUUUGAGAACAGAAAAAGAACAAUUUUUAUUUGUUUUUUUUUUAUGGCAAUUCUAUGAUUUUGUUUUAUUUUUUUUUUAAUUAUUAUAUAAAUAAAUAUUUUUUUUUUAAAUGAAAAAAUAUAACAUCCAACAUCAAAAAUAUAUUAUAAUAAUUUUUUUUUAUUAUUAUUAUUUAGUUGUAUAAAGUUAAGUUUUUCUUUUUGUCUAUAUAUAAAUAGAAUGUCAUAAGAAUUUACCACCCCCCCCCCCCUGCAUCCACACAGAGAGAUAAUGAAAAAAAUUGAAAAAAAAAAAAAACAUAUAUUUUGUAUAAAAAAAAUCAUCAACUGCAACAACAAUAAGAACAAGAACAUCAUAAUAAAUACAAACAAGAAAAAAACAAAACAAAAAUUCACAAUUCAUAACACAUUUUAUAAAUAAACAUGAAAAAAAUAUA